UCUCCUUUGCACAUCCGGCUCCUUGCAUAUCACCAUGGCGGCGAGAAAGCUGCAGACCGAAAUUGACCGCACCCUCAAGAAGGUGGCUGAGGGUGUCGAACUCUUCGAAAGUAUCUACGACAAGAUGCAAGCGUCGACAAACCAGACGCAGAAGGAGAAGCUCGAGACAGACCUGAAGACGCAGAUUAAGAAGCUUCAGCGACUGCGAGACCAAAUCAAGACAUGGGUCGCUAGUAAUGACAUCAAGGACAAGACGGCGCUGCUCGACAACCGGAGACUAAUCGAGACACAAAUGGAGAAGUUCAAGGCAUGCGAGAAGGAGAUGAAGACGAAAGCGUUCUCGAAGGAGGGGCUGACACAACAUGCGAAGCUCGACCCGAAGGCGCAGGAGAAACUGGAGGUCACGCAGUGGAUACAGAUCCAAGUGGAGGAGCUACUACUGCAGGUCGAGCAAGCGGAGGCAGAGAUUGAGACGUUGCAGGGUGGAGGGAAGAAGAAGAACAGGGCAGGAGGGGCAGCUGCUGAGCGGUUGGAGGCCCUCGAACACCUCAAUGAACGGAGGAAGUGGCACAUCAGUCGACUUGAGCUCAUCCUGCGAUUGAUGGACAACGGCUCUAUGCCGACAGAGAGGGUUCUCGGGCUCAAGGAGGACGUGCAAUAUUUCGUCGAGAGCAAUACGGACGAAGACUUCGACGAGGAUGAGGGCAUCUAUGAUGAGCUCAAUCUUGAUGAGGAGGAAGAGAAGUUCGGUCUGGCAAACGAUGAGGAUAGUGAUGAGUCUGAAGAUGCUAGCGACGGUACUCCCGUGCUGAAGAAAGCAACUGCAACGCUGCAGCUACGCAGUACGUUGACCCCUUCGAUAACAGGCGAAGCGUCGUCACCAGCCGCGCGUAAAAACACAUUCGACUCUACUGCAACAGUGAAGCCGCCAAACGCGAACUUCGCUGCACAACCCAUGGCAAGUAUUCUGAAGGCGGGGCUACCCCCACAGCAACGGCCGGCGCCUCUCCCAGUCCGCUACGCGGCUGCGGCGGCAGCAGCUGUUGCGCCAUCACUGCCCACACAACAGUCAACGGCUCAGUCACCACAAACACCAACAACGGCAACGAUACCAUCUACAUCCACCCAGCCUUCAGCACCAACGGCACCAUCAAUAUCGUCGACAACAGCCACCUCGUCACUUACGCCAGAUCAGGUCUCCGCCGUGACUUCCUCGCCAAGCUUGACACAUCCGUCAGUCGCAAGCCCGAUGUUGUCGUCUGCGGCGUCGGUAUCCGUACAACAUGCAGACAGCUACUCAGACUCUCCAGCGCUGUCUGAUGCACCACCAAGCUCGAUCAGCGGUCCUGCGGCGACGUCAUCACCGCAGCGCAUACAACGCAAAGGUCACUUCAACAUAUUCACCGACAGCCGUGCAAGCUUUGGCAUCUGUAGUAAUUAUCGAAGGGGUUCUCACAGUCCGCGUAGCACACCCGCGGUAAACGCGCAAUCGAGUGGCUCGUCACCAUUGCCACCAACGCAGCUGCCACAAUACCCACCUGGUGUCAAGGCGCCCGGUGCGGGUCUUGCAGCCGACCACGACCACAGCGUACCGCCAGGCGUCGCACCACAGCAGUUGAACCUGGGCGCGCAGAGACCCGGCUCGACGGUGCCCUCGCAGAUGCCACAGCAGGCGCCACAGACGCGGCCGAAUGCAUUCCCUGGAUCGCUAUCGGAUCUGGUGGUGUCCUUCGAGACUGUGAAACAAAAGGCGCCCCAUCGGAUGUCGAACCUCGACCAGGUACACAAGCUUCUGCAGGGCAGCUACUCCAGCAUGCCGCAGCCGCAAGACACUGAGAAGCCGAAGUAUUACGUGCCGAGGAACCCCAUCCAGACACCAGCGUACUACCCGCAGACACCCAACCCGAUCCUGAACACGGCGGGUAUCUUCUCUCAGCUGGACGUCGAGACGCUCUUCUAUGUGUUCUACUACCUCCCGGGCACAUACCAACAGUACCUCGCGGCCAAGGAGCUGAAGAGACAGUCAUGGCGUUUUCACGUCAAGUACCUGACAUGGUUCCAACGACACUCAGAGCCUCAGGCGAUUACUGAGGAGUACGAGCAGGGUGUCUACGUUUACUUCGACUGGGAAGGUUCUUGGUGUCAGCGCAAGAAGAGCGACUUCCGCUUCGAGUACCGAUAUCUGUCGGAAGACUGAGCUAUCGAUCCUUACUGUACCAUCCGCAUAGCGCGUCCUCUUUUUCUGCGACCUUACUCCGUAUCUCGACGCUUUCCUUUUUAUGAAUUUAUCUCCCGCGUUGCGCGUGCCGCUGUGGCACACAUCUGUAGUAUACUGUCAUCGCGACUUGCAGAGGACCAUGCAAUACCGUCAGAUCGUCUCAAUACUAGUAAGCAAGCAUCGCGGAAA